AAGCCUUAGUCCAGGGCCAGCAGCUGUUUCUGUGCAGGGAGAAGCUCCAGAGGACAUCUCACAACCAGGAGAUGCAUAGUCGCUGUGAGAGCCUGGCAAUACAGCUAGAAGAAAGUGUUCAGUUAUGCCGUGAAAAGGAGAACCAUGCCAGGCAUAUGGAGGAGGAGCAGGGGAGGAUGGAGGAGCAGGCUGCACAGACUGAGGCCAGACUCCAGGCCACAGUGGCCUCCCUCAGACUGGAGCUAGACACACUGAGAUGGCUGCAACAGAAUGAGCUGUCAGCUCUACAGGAGAGCCAGGCGGAGGUGCUGAAGGCAUCAGAGUGUGUCUCCUCCACCCUACGCUGCUCCCAGGAUCAGCUGACCUCUGAACUACAGCAUUACAGACUGCAGCUGGAGGAGGCCCAGCACAACACCACUGCCCUGCUGGCAGAACUCAACACCAGAGAACAGCUGCUGCAGAGCACCAGCGAGACCCUGCUCAUCAAGGAAUCCGAAAUGACACGUCUAAGGACCAAGAUCUCCAGCUUUGAGAGAAGCAAGGAGCUCCAUAAAAUAGCUGUUUGCUCUUGUCUGACCUCUAUCAGGUCACAACCCUACAGCCCCCUCCCUACUCCUACCACAAAGUAAGAGAGAAGACCGAUAAAGAAUACCUUUGUCGACAAAUAUACAUUUUAUUUUGAAUAUGAGAUAAAGUACUUUCGGACAAAUUAAAUGCUUUUGUUUUUAUUGUAUUGUAGAUUAGUCUAGUAGCAUGCACAAAUACUUGGUGGAGUGUAAUGUGCUGAUUCAGAAUGCACUUUUGAUUGCGCAUAUGACUAUUUGUAUUUUGUUGUUUACUAUUACAGUAACAUUCCACAGGUCUAAACACCAAUUAUAAUUAUUGACAACAUAUGCUAAACCACUGUGAAACGUGGCAGUGUUACAGCAGUGUUACGCCCUUAUUUGUCUGUUCCAAGUGAUCUGUGCCAUUAGUAUUGCUGCACGGAGAAGAGCUGCUCUCUGCAGGAAAUUAAACGGAGCAACAUCUGCAGGCGAUUUGAUCCUAAUGCUACCUCCAAAUCGCUUCCCUUGCUCAUCCUAGGAGUGGCUAUGUAGGGUUCCUUAUGAUCCUAGGAGAUAUGGAGCAAAGCAAUCUGUCUGUGUCACAAAUGGCACCCUAUCGCCUAC